CGAGAUGUCUGCGGAACGAUUUGUCUAAUAUAAUUCUAAAAAUAGAAAGUCAUGUUACCUUAUCACGUGAUUAUAAUCACAUGCUGAAGUCAGAAGAUGGCGGUUGGAAAAAUAUUGUUCACAAUAAUUUUGGUGAAAUCAGUGUGGUCGGCCUCGCUGCGUGACAAUGUUCCACUCUGGGGGAAUUCCUAUACAGUGGAGGGGGUACUACAGCUGCCGUACGCAGAACUAAAAGAACCGUUUACAGCGUACUAUGACGCCACGACCAACCAGAGUCGCAUAGAUUAUUACGGGGACUUGGUUGUCACCAUGCAGUUACAAGCCAAAAACACAAGCAUUAAGAUCGCAUACAUGACCACAGAGUCGGUACUUAACAAGAAGUCCUGUUUCCUUGUCAACGGAAGUUCUCCGAUACAGUCUGUCCUACCAGACCUCACAGACUUUAAGAAAGUUGGACAAGAUUUAAUAGGAUCGACCAAGACAGAUAAAUGGGUCAAGGCCAUGACCCAUGGGAAGAAGAAGAACACAUACACCAUGUGGGUGGAUUCUGAAACGUCUGCCCCGGUCCGCUACGAGAUGAUGGGCUAUGAUACACUGCUGGGCUCUCACUACGACAAGUACUACUUGGACUACUCCAACUUCCAGAAUAAGACGCUCAACGCCUCCGUGUUUGAUUACACUUCUUUUGGUCUGACCUGUUCCGGAUUUCCUGGCCCAGGUGUAUCGGAAAGAAGAGUUCUGAUGAACCCGAUGGUGGAAUAUCUCCAUGGCUACGAUGAUCAUGUGGUCGAAAUGUUUGCUGCACACAAACAGAAACAUUCUCCGAAAUACGACAGUAACAUGGAGCACGCUCAGAGAGAGCACAACUUUAGACAAAACGUCAGAUUUAUUCACUCCAAGAAUCGUGCUGCCCUUGGCUUCAGUUUGGCUGUGAACCAUUUGGCAGACAAAACACAAGAGGAGAUUCGGCUGAUGAACGGAUAUCGCUACAGUCCAGGGCCCCACGGGGGGCUGGCCUUUGACACAUCCAAGUAUAGCCUGAGGGACUUGCCUGACUCCAUGGAUUGGAGGCUUCACGGAGCAGUAACUCCGGUGAAGGAUCAGGCAGUGUGUGGGUCAUGUUGGAGUUUUGGGACAACAGGGACCAUUGAGGGGGCCUACUUCUUGAAGACCGGUGACUUGGUGAGGUUGUCCCAGCAACAACUGAUGGACUGUUCCUGGGGAGAGGGUAACAAUGCCUGUGACGGUGGGGAGGAUUUCCGUGCCUACCAGUGGAUGAUGAAGAAUGGGGGUCUUACAUCAGAGGAGCUUUAUGGACCAUACAAAGCACAGGAUGGUAAGUGUAACAAGACCUUCACCCCCAUUGUCCAGUUGAAGAACUACGUCAAUGUGACCAGUGGAGACCUGCAGGCCCUCAAGUUUGCCAUCGCCCACCAGGGUCCCGUCUCUGUAGCCAUUGACGCCUCUCAUCUCUCCCUGUCCUUCUACGCCAACGGAGUCUACUACGAGCCCCAGUGUGGUAACAAGCCUGAUGACCUUGACCAUGCAGUGUUGGCGGUUGGUUACGGUGUGAUGAACGGACAGGCGUACUGGCUGAUCAAGAACUCCUGGUCCACGUACUGGGGUAACGACGGCUAUGUGCUGAUGUCACAGAAGGACAACAACUGUGGAGUCGCCACAGACCCAACCUUUGUGAUUGUUUAGACAUUCCAAUUCAAAUUUUCGCAUCCUCUACACACUGUGCCAAAGUCAUGUCUGCUACAUUGUCCGAAAUGCUUCAGAACACCUAAGAUGUUUUCAAAUCAUAAUUUUAAGACUGAUAAAUAGGAAUUUAGGAAAAAGGACUUUAAGAGAAUGGAUAGGAACGACAUCUGUUUGCUGCUGUUUGAUUUCUUAGUUCUGAUAUCUGGUUAUCUGUCAUAUGUAAAUACUUGUUGCGUGUAGGUAAAAUUAUCUAAUAUCAUGUUAAUAUAAGAAUGCUUUGAUUUUUUGCUUAAAAGAAAAGAUGACAUGUAUUAAUUGUAGUGUACAUCCGCAUCUAUAAAAAGGUGGUGUGCUUAGGCCGUCAGAUUCUAUUUUUCAUUUGCUCAAUAAAUUAAUAUCAUACUUAUGCUUAUGCUUUACCUUUACAAUCUAUACAUACAAAAUACUGUUCUCUGUAAUUGUUCAUACCUACCUGUAUAUUACAAAAUCUAUGCAUACAAAAUACUGUUCUCUGUAAUUGUUCAUACCUACCUGUAUAUUAUUACAAUCUAUGCAUACAAAAUACUGUUCUCUGUAACUGUUCAUACAUGUACAUGUACCUUCCUGUAUUUCAUCACUGAGCACAACAUGAAAUCUAAAUUAAACUUCGAUAUAA